CACCAACUCACAUAGGCACUGCCUGUCACUCAACCUCGCCGUUUUUCAUCACCUCCUUGUCAGUCAAGGCAGUCAGCCCCAUUGCCAUACCCCAUCGGUGGACUACUGAGUAACGGGAUUUCCAUCCCUGCAGCUUGAUUGUGCUGCACAAUGGGCCAGGCUCAGUCCGACCACAGGCCUCCGCCGUCACGGCAGCAUGUCGCCCAAGACCUGGCCGAGAGGUUCGCCCGAAAGUGCUUCGAUCCUAUUGAGCUCUAUACUUUCAAGACCAACUUCCGUGCACUCGCAGACCACCAGAGCCAGGUUCGCUAUCUUAAAGAGGACACUCUUGCACGUUUUCUCGAGCUGCCUGACAGCCUUGGAGUUUCGCCGAUCAUCUUCCAGAUGAUCUCGUACAUUGGCGCCUUCCCUUUUCUUGACGAUGCGCCGGCCGUCCUUGGGUUUGAGCAGAUGAUCAUGGUUGUCACCAUAAUGACUGAGAGAUACAAGAAGAUUCUCUCAAGGGCUGCAGCAAACCGUCACAGGCUACUCUUUAAGAGUCUCGCCGUCUACGAUCGGAAGCUCUCUGAGAUCGAACGCGCGCCCAAGGAAGUCUCGAGUACUGACCCAAGGGGGGCAGAGCUGGUACAGAACUAUACGCCAGGUUUCGUGAUAGACGAGGCCGGGGAUGACUCAGACGAUGCCGAUGAAGAUGACGAGCUUGUAAUAGCAGCACUCGACUCUCUCGACAUUGAUGAGGCAUUCAAGAAAGGUGACGGGCAUUCGGCAUCCACCCACGGGGCGAUGAUCCCCGCUGACAAUUUACGAAAACUAAUCAUGCUGCUCUUACUCGUCGCGCCCAUGUCGUCCUUGGAAAGCCUUUCGACUUAUGCGGAUCGACUCGUCGGGGAACAGCUUGAAAGCCUGGGGUCGACAGCAGACGACAUCCUAGCCAGUUUUAUCAACGUGGAAAAAUCGCCUGGUGUCACAUUCGCGCACUUCGUUGAUGCUCUCCCAGUCAACUUCCCGCAUCUGUUUUCUGGCCUCUCGCCGCUCUUCGAGCACUUUCUAUUCUCUAAGGAGCUUGACCUGUCGAAGCGGAAAGAUCCAGCUGGACCACCUCGAGGCUCCGUACCAGGUCCCCAUGACAUUAGCUUGCCUCAAGCCUCCCUGCUCAAAGACACCGGGCGUAUUAUGAAUCUCAACGUGCUCUCGCAGCUCUCCUUCUUCAUCCCAGGUAAUGAUCUAUUCCACCGACUGCGCCUCCUCUAUUCUGGUGCCAGUGAUGGCUACUCGAUGGGGAGCUUCGAGUCGAAGGUGUUCAAUUGGCGUGCGCCGACCUUACUACUGGUGUCUGGCACGCGUAUCACCCCGGGGAAUAAGCCCUCGGGUUCGCAGCUGGCUUUCGAAAGCACGAUUCCUCCAAGGCGAUAUCCCGAUGAUCCCCAACAAGGCCACCGAGAUCGUGUAGUUUUUGGACUGUUGGUCAAGGAGCCGUGGCAGUUAUCCAGCAAGACAUGUUUCGGCGGUGAAGGCACGGUCUUCUUCCAGCUCAGCCCAGUCCAUGAUGUUUUCGCUCCUUCAUCGCUGAACCAUAACUACGUAUCGUUCACCAGAUCGCCCUCACCUAAUCCUGGCAUCAGUGUUGGCUGUGCACCGCCGGGUCUUGGUUCUACAUCUCGCUCCGCCCCGCUCAGAAGCCUGGGUUCUGUGUCCCUGGCCCUAGAUUCAAGCUUUGAGUUUGGCGUUUUCAACCAUGACUACACAACGCGAGGUGGUGCCUUCGCAUCCAGCACCAUUCGCAGAUACGAUCUUCAGACACGUUUCCAGGUGGACGACAUUGAGGUUUGGGGCUGUGGUGGCGACGAGGAUGCAAAAGUCCAGCGAGAGCGGUGGGAGUGGGAAAGGAGAGAGGCCGAAGCACGGAGACGCAUCAACCUGGGGACGGGCGAUAUUGAUGCAGAUCGUCAAUUACUCGAGAUGGCUGGUCUCAUUGGUCAGAAUCGGAGUGGCGGCUCUACUUGAACUUUUGUCGCAACACGACCUACUGGCGUCUGGCAUGCACCAUCGUAGCGUGGCCAGACAGUAAUACAUUGAUUGUCCUUGCGAGCUGUGCCACUACCAGCACAGCUCUGUUCACAAAAGACUUGAGGCGUCCUCGCCCCCCCCCCCCCC